AUGGCAAUGCUUCUAAGUGUGACAGAAAACAGUGAAAAAGGCAAGCAGAAGGCUCGAGUUUCAGGUGAACGGCGAGCUCCCAGAAGCGCGCACGGCCGUGGCGGCGGAGGCUGCCACCGACGACAAGCUGUUCGCAGUCCUCCCGCCCCUUUCAUGUGGGAACACGUUUUCGCCGCCGAAAUGCAGUUAAUCAGAGCUACGGGGAAGUCCUCACCUCUCAGUAACUCACACUUUGGCCAGCCGCUCCCACCAAUUAAGAUCAGUCCUUGGGAGUGCUGUCGUGCGGGGUCCUGCUUUACAGUUAUCCCUCUGUUUCCUUUCGUGCUCGGCAGAAAGCCAGUGGUAGAAGACCACCCUGGAGGCAGCGAUCCUGUUGCAAAGAAUGGCCUGCAUUUCAAAGCCAGGGCUAUCCCCACAAAAUACCACAGCUGGGUUUUCAAUCCUGAUGUGGUCCUGUUGUUUAAGAAGCCUGAGGAUCUGUUCAUGGUCCAAUGGAACACCAAGUCCAUCAAACGGGGCAUCGUCCUGCUUCAGGAGCCCUGCAACUUUCUAGAAACAUGGAGGUUGGGGUGCUCAAUACCAGCUCAAAACUGUUCUUUUGAAGACCCUGACCUGGAGUUCCACACUGGCUUCGGUUCUUUGCGGGAAUAGGACCUGCUCUUGGGGUAUCACAACUAACUGUUAACUGACAUGCCAAGGGCGUGGCCUAAGAGAUCAACUUGCCUUUAGGGGCCUAGGAUCUCAGGGCUCUGGAGACAGGCGGAUCGAAGGUUGGUGUCUCGGACUGGCUUGUCGUGGGAGCUGGAAGAUCUUUGGCUGUGUGCCCAGAGACCUGAGAUCUUUGGGCACAGAGCUCAGAAAAAUUGACGUAAUGGACUUUUAACAUUGUAAACCAGUGAGUUGUUAUGUCUCCCUGCUCGCUGUGAAAUGGAGACAUCUCUUUCUCCCUCAUUAGGAAGAGAGAGACUCUGUGGUAUGCCGAAUACCGGGUGAACGAGUAGUCUUUGGAAUACUGCAAGUCUGUGUCUUUGCUGUUA